GGAAAACGGAACUGGAUGCGUUAGGUAAGGGGCGUGCCUGGGGAAACCCGCCAUCUAGGCCCUGAGAAUCCCGUUUUCCCAGGAAAGCCUGCCAGGGGAGCAGUGCCCCUGGGGCUCCUGCAUUUAUAGAGGAGUCCCAUGGAAAUCUGAUGCACAAACCAGAGGCUGGAGUUGCUCCUGCAACUCCUGGGUCCAGGACAAACCAAGCGGGGAUAAAUAGAACAGAUCAUGAGGUCAGUGUGGGCUUUCCUGCCCCAGCACCACUGGCUGUUUCUGACGAUGCUCUUUCUUGAGGCUGUAGGCGAAGAAGACCUACUAUUUGACCCCGACUGGGGCUUUGACUCAUAUGAAAUCACCAUUCCCAAAGUAAUAAGCUUUAGGAAAGGGGCGCAGGGUGUAGACAGUUCUUUGUCAUACCUCUUACAGAUAGAAGGCAAGGCGCGUGUUGUUCACCUGCGGCCCAAGAAGUUACUGUUGCCAAGACAUCUGCCAGUUUUCUCCUUCACCCAAGAGGGCAGUCUGAUAGAGGAUUAUCCGCAUAUACCAGACCAGUGUAAUUACGUGGGCUCCGUGGAAGGCUCUCAGGAAUCCGAAUCUACUCUGAGUACAUGCAUGGGAGGUCUGCGAGGCGUACUGAACAUUGACUCCAGAUACUACCAAAUCGAGCCCCUCAGGGCCUCUUCCAGUUUUGAACAUGUGGUGUAUCUAGUAACUGAGGACAACGUUAACAAUGAGACUUGUGGUGUGGUUGAUGAAGAAACGGGUGGGCAAACAGCUGAGGAAGAGGAGAUGGCUAGGAUAAGUAACUUUCAUCAGUCCUACAAGCACCAAAGGUACCUGGAACUGGUCAUGGUCUUUGACCUGAAUAGAUUUGUGUUUGCCCGUGGCAAUUUGUCUAGGAUGGUGGAUGACGCCAUUCUUUUGGCUUCAAUUGCAGACACCUACUUUCAGGAUGUCAGCUUGAAGAUUCAACUGAAAGCACUUGAAGUCUGGACAUAUUAUAAUAGAAUACGUCUUUAUUAUCCCAGUUUAUCUGAAGUCUUAGGUCAAUUUGUGCAUUACAAAAGAAACUCAAUGCAUCACCGGCUCCCCGCAGACUGGUUCCAUCUAUAUAUUGCGAGAAGAUAUAUAGAUGCAAAUGCAUGGUCCUGGGGACGAGCCUGUGAAGAAUUCCAUGCUGGAUCAGCAAGCAGCUUCCUCAAUGUUAAUAUCCUUGGGCCUGCUACUUGGACUGCUCAUGAAUUGGGCCAUUGUGUGGGGAUGCUACACGAUGAGGAAUUCUGUCAGUGCAGAGGUAGGAAGAGCUGCAUCAUGGGGACAGGACGUACAGGGUUUAGUAACUGUAGUUACCAUCAGUAUUUUUUACACGCAUCUUAUAAAAUGUCCUAUUGUCUAUCUGACUUCCCAAAGCUACAUAUAGUAGAGAGGUGUGGAAAUAAAAUUGUGGAAAACAAAGAGGAAUGUGACUGUGGUUCCAAAGAAGACUGCAAAGAAGACCUGUGCUGUGGGCCGGACUGUAAAUGGAAAGAAGGUGUCAACUGUUCCUCUGGGCUUUGCUGUCAUAAGUGUAACUUCCUUCCAUCAGGAUAUGUGUGUCGGAAGGAAGUGAACGAAUGUGAUCUCGCAGAGUACUGUGAUGGGACCUCAGGUUUCUGUCCAGAUGACUCUUACAAGCAGGAUGGAACUCCAUGCAGAAACGGAGGCUUUUGUUUCAGUAAGGGAUGCAGAUCCAGGUACCUGCAGUGCCAGUCUAUCUUUGGGCGUAAAGCCAAGGAGGCCCCUCACCAGUGUUACGAAGCAGUGAACAUGUUAGGUGACCAGUCUGGGAACUGUGGCAUUGUAAAUGCUACCCGAUAUACAAGGUGUCAUAGAGGCAACGCAAUCUGUGGCAGGCUACAGUGUAUCAAUGUUAAAGCCCUCUCCAAAUUUCCAGAUCACACCAUUAUACUGUCCACUUAUCUGAGGAGAGAUAAUCUCAUUUGCUGGGGCACAAGCUAUCAUGGAACCAUGAUACCCCAUGGGGUACCUGACAUAGGUGACAUUAGUGAUGGCACCUCCUGUGGUCAUAAUCAGGUGUGUCUUAACAGGACUUGUGUUGACUACACCAACCUGAAGUUUGACUGUUUACCUGACAAGUGCAAUAGCCGAGGUGUUUGCAACAAUAGAAGGAAUUGCCAUUGCUCAUAUGGCUGGGAACCCCCAUUCUGUGCAGAGGUAGGAUACGGUGGGAGCCUUGACAGUGGGCCUCCUGGACCCAGGACAGAAGUACUUUCAACGACUAGCGCUCUGUACAUGUUGCGUACUAUCUUAUUCCUCAUCUCCAUGAUCGUUGUGUGUUUGGGGCAGCUGAUAAGAAAUCUGUUUCGUAAUCGCCGCCGUAAUCUCCAGCAAAAAAAUCCAGCUGAGACUCGGGGGAAGAAGAGGUGAGAGGGAGCGACUGGUAGGCGAGGAGGGAGAGGGAAUUGUGAUCAGGAUGCAAAGUAAAUACACGAAUGAAUGAAUGAAAAAUAAUCCCUUUGUUUUGUAUUCACACUGGGGUGACUUUGGCACUUGGAGUGGCAUUUUUGUAUCCAUGGCUCAUGUUAAAGUCCUACUAUCUGCAAUAUAUUGUAGUGGGACUUUCUGGAUCCUCCAGUUAAAUGAUGACGCUGAGACUUAUUAAUUUGUUUGAUAACUUAGGUCUUUAGCUGGGCAGACUCAGAACUAUUGACUAUCCUAGCCCACGACCUGCCACGUGCCUAGUUACCUCUCUGCGUCUGCUCACAUCCGGCCACCUCUGUGUCCCGCUGGUGAAUCCCUGCUUCUAAUGGUUUUCUCCCAGAGACCCUAACUCAGUUCAUAGGCUCUGCCUUCCUCUUUCUGCCUAGCUGUUGUCCACCAGUUCUUUAUUAAGCCAAUGGACAAGCGAGGAAGGUGACUGUUUAUGAAGUAUAAGGCAGGUGAGAAGCCAUAAGAAUAACAGUUCUCAGCUCUCUGCUGGUACAGCAGUCAGUGGUUGGAUAUACAGAGACAACCUUCACACAGUGCACCCCAGCAAUCUAUAGAUCUUGCUUGGGAUCCUUAUUUAAGUAUUUGAUCAAUGCUAUAUAGCUGGGUCACAACAAUAAUUUGAGAUUCCCCUACUUAUCACUGAUGCAAUUCCUCGGCUUCCUUCUCAAAAACAAAAUUAUAAAAACUCCCCAGGAGCAGAGUGUGGUUAAAUCUGUACUGUAAAUUCCUUCCUAAUAUUAGUGUAAUUUACUUACAUUAUAUUUACUUAAGCAUUAAAAUAUAAAACAUGAUUCAAAUGUAAAAAAAAAAAAAGCAAAACCAAAAAUAAAACAAAACAAAAAUAGCCAAGACUCUAUCUAAAGCAAAGAAGGUCAGGUCAUAAAUGUGACCAGCAAUCCUGUCAUCUAACAAGUUCACCAUUUAUUCAAAUGACUCUUCAUUAUUUUCCCGUACAAAUUUCCCAUACAUUUCAAAUCAGCAAAAAUAAACUAUAUUAUU